AACCUCCCCGCCUCCUGCUCCGACUCAGAGCGGCGGAGGUUGCGAGUGUGUGUGUGCGGGGAGCGGCUGCUGUUGCUGCGGGGAGACUCGGAGCUUCAGGUCGGUCUUCAGAGAGGGAGAGGGCGAUGGCCGAGGCGCUGCCGGGGGAGGCCCAGGCCCAGGCCCAGGCCCAGGCCCAGCGGGAGGCCGGAGCGGCGGUGGCGGAGGAGGAGGAGGAGGCCGAGCUGUGGCAGAGCCUGGCCCGCACCAAGGCGCGCUGGUACGGCAGCACAGCCAGCGUGCCCGCGCCCCUGGCCGAGCGCUACGUCCGGCACCCGGUGGGCGGCGGCGACACGCUGCGGGGCCUGGCCCUGCGCUACGGGGUCACGACGGAGCAAAUUAAAAGGGCAAAUAAACUCUUCACAAGUGAUUGCAUAUUCCUGAGGAAAACCCUCCUCAUCCCAGUGAUAUCGGAGAAGGGGUCACUUUUUAAUGGACUGAACUCGUUGGACUCUCCUGAGAAUGAAUCCACAGAAACGUAUGCAUUCAGUGACGGAAGGCCUCUGAAUAACGAAGAAGACUCUCCAUCUCCAAAUACAGAAGAUCCAGACACCAGGCCCACGCAGCCUGAGGAACUGUCUGCAAAAGACUACUUACAGAGACUGGACUUGCAGAUUAAACUAUCAACGCAAGCGGCUGCUAAAACAAUACAGGAGGACGAUCACGGAUCUGGUGACACCGGACACCAAGAUGACCCCUCGGCCACAUCUUCCUACCAGAGCCUUGAUUAGUGGGAUCCAUGCUCCCAGGAUGCUGAAGGAUAAUCGGUUUUCCCGUUGCGUGUGCAUAGAGACUGUGUGACCUCGUUUGAUUUCCGGGUUUUAAAUUUGCUUUAAAUCUAAGCCAUUGCUGUGUAUACUUCGACGUGGCAGGGGACGAGAGGGAGACUGUGCGUCUUUGGUGUGAAGUGUGAGCUGCUGUUACCUCUGUGUCUCCCUCUACCAUCUCCACUCGCUGUUUUAUAUUCCCACAGCAAGAUUUGCAGUGUGUGCUUGUCGCCGCCCACCUAGUGCUGGCCUGAACUUGUGUGCUAAGCAGUGCGAUCGAGCAGGUUUCAAAUCCGAAGCCCAUUGUGCAUCUUACACCUGUUGGCUGCUGUGCUUUCUCCUAAUGUCCAGCACGUGUGGGUCUGGGUCGGAGGUGAGUGCAUUACUCUAACAUUAAGCUUAGUUGAAGUAAUUAAAUCACAACCAAAACACAACCUUAUUAUAUUUUUGCAAAAUUAGAUGAAACUGAAAGGAAGAGAUCUUAUUUUACCGGACAAUCCUGUAGGCAUUAGUAGUGAUUCGAAGAGCCUAUUUGUUUGAAAUCUUCAAGUUGAAACCAAAAAUAAUAGAGUACAUUCAGUGCUAAGCAGUGAUGUUGAUUUAGGAUAAAGACAAUGGAUUAAUGACAAACUUUAUUAUUUUUUUUAAAUAAGAGGAAUCAUAUUUCUUGUAUAAAGUUAAACUCAAUGUGUGGGUAUGAAAGCCAAACAGGCCAUUUGCUUUUAUAGGGAACCAUUGUGGUGCAGUUUCACACACGUGGCCAGUUUAUGCAAGGGCCGUGUACAAACAGAUAGCCUUCAAAAUAAAUUGCCGUCAGUGCUGGGGAGAGGAGAGGGGUUUCUGGUCAUCCUGACUCAUGAAUCGGCUAAUUGGGAUACGGAAUCUGACCUAAAGCUAAUGACGACCUGAGGCCUGCAGUUCUGAGAGUGGUCUCAUUCUUUAUUGUCCACUAUUACUAUGUUCCAGUAGGUAAGGCAGUUGGUGCCAUUUUCAAUCACUCUGUUCUCCAAGUCUGAGUUACAACCAGUGCAGACAGACUGUUCUCCCCGGGAGAUCUUCCCGGGAAAUGUGAGCGCCAUGGUGACGCAGCGGUAGAGUUGUUGCCUUCAGCCCCAGAGACCCGGGUUCGAUCCUGACUACGGGUGCUGUCUGUACGGAGUUUGCAUGUUCUCCCUGUGACUGUGUGGGUUUUCUCUGGGUGCUCCGGUUUACUCCCACACUCCAAUGGCAUGCAGAUUUAUAAGUUAAACGGCUUCUGUAAAUUGUCCCUAGUGUGUCGGAUAGAACUAGUGUACGGGUGAUUGUUGGUCGAUGUGGAUUAGGUGAGUUGAAGGACCUAUUUCCACACUGUAUCUUUAAAUCUAGUUUCCCCCUCUGUCGUAGAUGAACACCGCAUGCUAUGUCCAGCCUUCUAUCUCUACACUUGUGCAUUUACUUUCUCUGAAUAGUGAUUAUCUGAUUCAAUAGUGGAUCAAUUGUCCGUUCAGUGGGAUGGGGAGACAAGGGGGGACUUUUUAUCCCUCUUCUCAUCUUUGUGGUCUCUUAAUUGCCUGAACUGGCUAAAACUUUACUUAAGGGGAACGCACUUGUCUCAGUAUUUUGUGACAUUGCUCCUUCAAACUCCUCGGCAUAUCGUUUUGUUUAAAUGAGACCAAUUGUGCACCAACUAAAUUGGAAUUGAUGAGCCUAACAAUUGUUUCUUUCACAUUCUGACUAAGCUGCAGAGGUCUGUUAAAUAAUUCAAGUGGCAUGGACUCGGUCAUUUGAGCUGACUGCUCAGUGUCUGACAAUAACAGGCGUGAGGGAAUCUUCUCUCCCUGGGGUGGGUAUGAUGCCAAAAUGCCCAUUCCAACAAGCUGAAGAUAGACACACAAAGCUGGAGUAAUUCAGCGGGUCAGGCAUCAUCUCUGGAACAAAAUGGAGGGAUGAUGUGUCGAGUUGGGACCCUUCGUCAAUGAUGUGUGGAGAACGAUCAUGUCCUGAAACUUUGUUUGUCCAUUCCAUUCUAAUGAUGAAGAUAGACACAAAAUGCUGGAUUCACUCAGUGGGACGGGCAGCAUCUCUGGAGACGCUGCCUGUCCCGCUGAACUAAUCCAGCAUUUUGUGUCUAUCUUCGCUGUAAACCAGCAUCUGCAAUUCCUUCCUACACAUUCCAACAGGAUUUCUGAUUGAUAAUUUGAGAUGAAUCAUUUUAUAAUUUUAUCAAACAUUUAGUUUGACAUUUUAUUAGUAGUUUUACGUACUCAUUCAAAUUAGCUAUGCUGCCUAAUUUUCUCCGUGACCUGAUUUCCAUUUGCCUGCCCAGCCCCUGUCAUGGUUUGGUCAGUGCUUGGUUUGCAGGGUUAGCUGCUCAUAUCCAGCAUGCAGGAGCAAUUUCUAUAAGGCAGGCUGGAAUGGUACCACAGCAUCUGGCCAUGCCUGCCCUUGCACUGGGAGGGUGCUGCUGUGGAUACUGGGUGAAAGAAGAGUCUGCGAACAAUGAACCAAAUGAAGGGUCGGCGAUAACAAUGUGCUGGCUGUCCUAGCGAUGGACCUAAAUGUAUGGUGACAGAGAAGCAGCAAUUACCUGCAAGUACUGCUCUCUCAGAUAGCUAGGUUGACUGUCAGCAUACAAUUACAGUAAUCAAAUGUUCAAUAGCGUUGACACAAGGAACUGCAGAUGCUGGUUUACCAAGAAAGACAAAGUGCUGGAGUAACUCAGUAGUCUGAGCCAAUCCCAUUUGCCUGCAUUUGGCCCAUAUUCCUCUAAACCAUUCCGGUCCAAGUAUCUGUCCAAAUGUCUUUUAAAUGUUGUUAUUGUACCUGCAUCAACUGCUUCUUCUGGCAGUUUGUGCCAUAUGAUAUUCCCACCACCUCUGUGUGGAAUAAAUGCCCCUCGUGUUCUUAUUAAAUCUUUCUUUUCUCACCUUCAACCUAUGUUCUCUGGUUCGUGUGUGAAUCAGUCUGUGCAUUUGCAUUGUGAUUUUAUAGAUCACCCCUCAACCUCCUGCAUUCCAAGGAAUAAAGUCCUGGCCUGCCCAACAUCUCCAUAUUGCUCGGGACCAUUUGAGGUUCUGGCAACAUCCUUGUAAAUCUCUGUACUCUCUCCAGCUUAAUGGCAUCUUUCCUGUAGCAGGGUGGCCAGGAGAGAACACAGUGCACCAAGUGUGGCCUCGCCAGCAUCAUGUCCACCUGUAAAGUAAUGUCCCAACUUCUGUGCUCUGCGAUUGAGGUGCUUGGCUGUUGCUGAGACUGUGGUGAGCUGUUAUUUAGCGGGGACAACGUUCUAACAUACAUUCGUUCAGGUGACUAAAACUGUGAACUCUGUCGGUGAAUGUAUUGAUAUUAUGAUGACAAUUCAGGGAUUAACGUGGAGAAACUACACACAUUAUGAGCUGUAGGCAUCAUGGCUUGCUAUAUUUUCGACUUGAAUAUAUCAAAUAUUUAACUGAACCAUAUCUAUCGAAGUGCUUUGCUCUAUAACAAAAGGCAAUUUACAUUUUUCAGGCAAUUUUAAAUAUUGUAUAGAGAGUGUGUGACAUAUCAAGUGAAAGCAGAAUUAACAUGAACUCAAAUCAUCUGAUACCAGAUAGACACACCUGGAUUGCCAUCUGAAGGAGCAAGGGCAUAUAUUUUAUUCCAGGUAGGAUAUUUAUCAGCAUCAGCAAUGUACGUAAAAAUUCCAAGUGUGAAAUUUUAUAACUAUUUAUCCAGCUUAAUAUAUUUCAGUCCAACUCUUUUAUUGUUUAUGAGUAGCGUUCCAUGAUUUUCAUGUACGUUUAUGUCUAAUUACUUUAUCGGGGCCAAUUAUUUUCAAGUUUGGCAUGAAUUUUAUUUUAUUUUUCCUUUUUCAAAUUUUUAAAAGCAAAUUCAAGCGGGAAGAUUAAGGAACUUAUAUAGUCAAUCAAGAGCUGGCAGAGUCCCUCUUCCACUUCAGUAUUAAAAAAUAUUAUUUUAAUCAUUAUUAUCAUUUAAUAAUGCCUUGUGGUUUUUAACUGCAAAGUAGCACAUUCCUGACGACCAAACUCUGGCUAAAGAUCUUGUUAUUAAAAAGUAAAUCACAUUUCAUUAUAUAAUGUGGGCUAGUUUUUAGAGCAUAUUAACAAAUUGCUAACACAGAUUAAAAUAUGCCUCACCUUAGUUGGCACAGAGAUUUAAAUUAAAUUUUCUUCAAUUCUUCUUCUUUUCCUGGUUUCUACUACAUAUCCAGAUCCCCCAAAAUAUUAUAGAAACCUGCAAAAGGAAACAAAGUGCUGGGAUAACUCAGUGGGUCAGGCAGCUUCUCUAGAUAACAUGGAUAGGUGGGUCGUGGCCUGAAACGUCACCUAUCCAUGUGAUGCUGUCUGACCCGCUGAGUUACCACAUCACUAUGUGUCUCCAAUAUUAUUGCAUUAAUGAGCCAGCUAAGCUGCAGUAAUAAUAAUUUCCUGGUUCCAUUAAACACUCUUGAAUGAGCAGAUAGUGAUUUGCUGUUUACCACCCAGUUGUGAGGUUGCAAUUGCAGGCGGAUGACCUGUCAUAGAAACUAGCUGGUAUUUAUUCUCAUUCAUUUCAAUCUAUCUGCAACUUGAAUUCUAUAUUUAUUGUCACUGUUUGGGCUCUGUGGCAGGGGUUGGAUCACGUGUGAUUGUGGCAUUGUAUAUGUAAGUCCUGUUCACCUGUGGUCCUUCUGAGAUUCAAGUCUGGUUUUGAUUUUCACACGGACAAGACUGAGUGUAAGUGGACUGAGGCGGUAAAAUGGUUGCUCAUUCCAAAAUCGGAUAUUGUCACAAAACAGUAUUAAACUCUGUAAUAGUUAUCCAUGGAUAGUAUUUGCAGAUGGGGGAUGAGAGCGAUCCACGUGGGCUGUAAUUUUAAAAUCAAAUUAAAUUCCGUUUUGUUUCAUUGCUUUCCCUUAAUAGUCCUAAACUGUGCAAAGAUUAUUCAGGACUAAGAUUGGGCAAAUAUGCUUUGAAAGAACAUUGUUCAGGGUGAUGAUUCCAAACUUUGUGAACCGUAACUUGUUAUUCAGGACUCGAAUGGGUGAACUAAUGCAGUGACCUUUUUAUGCAUGAAUUCUUUGUUUGUCUGUAUGUUGUGGCCUUAGAUAUUUUAAAAAAAAAAUGAUGUAUUGGCGAUGAGAACUUGUUCUAUUUCAUUUGAAAAUCUGCAAUAAAUAGUUUUUGUUACAACUUCCACCCAAA